UUCACUCAUUAACCGAUCAGUUGGUUUAGAGAUGUUUCCUAACGAGUGCUACGAGUACACCAUCGCUACAGAAUCCGACCGAGACGAAGUUCGGGAUGCUCUGGCCAGUUAUUUUUAUCCCGAAGAACCCCUAACCGCUGGUCACAGUGAAGGUCCGGCAGUGACGGUAGACGAUAUGGAAAAUGCGCUUUCCUUUCUCGUACGAGGCACUGUCGUCCUCGCACGGACGACAGCAGACAAGCUCGUCGUUGGUCUUUCGAUAGGAAGCCCUUCGACCUACGCUAUCAAUGUGCCUAUCCGUACGGAAAAAUUUGCCGAUAUCGUAACCUUUCUCGAGCUACUCAAUGAGCGUGCUUCGCGUGGAAGUUUCCAACGGCCAAGCGAGUCGUACACCGUUCACAUGUUGGCCGUGCAUCCAUCUCAUCGUGGCCAAUCCAUCGGGCGCCGUUUAGUCGAAGAACAGAUCUCACUGGCCCGCCGACGAUGGCCAUCCUGCGGCGUCGUGACUGCUGAAGCAACCAGUGCUGGGUCCUUGCGAGUUAUGCAGCGUCUCGGAAUGCGUGAAAUCGCUCGCAUGCGCUUUGACGAGUAUCGGAAUGCACGGAGAGAGCAGGUUUUUCAUGGAAUCGGCGAAGUGGUUUCACUCGCAAUGAAUCUGUAA